UCACGCAGCCACUUUCAAGUCAAGACUCCAAAAGCUGGUUUUCACAUGUAUCAGGAAGCUACAGAAGUGAAUAAAAACUCUACAAGGCUCCCAAUGAGUUAUCUUAGGGACUUAUGGUCUGGUCAGUACAGAAUACUAGGCAGCAUUGAAAUUGUGGCGAGACAGCAGAACACGAGCGGAGAGUCCCAGAUGCUCCUCAUCUUUGUCACUUGGCCUUUCCAGCCUCUAGAAGUCUCUAAGGCAGAUGAAACAAAAUCAAGCUAGUGAGCCAAUUCUUCAGGGCGCCCCCAAAAGUGCAAAACAUACCAUCCCAAGUUUUCGAGGUCAAGUUGUGGCACCAGCAAAGCCACAGGAGGAAGGUGGGCCAUCAUCCCCAUGGCUGCAACUGAGCUGCGAAGUGGGAAAUGCUGAAUGUAUAAAAUGUUCUAAGACAUGCUGAGAUUCUCAAGAUAAUUUUGGAGAAUUGACCUACACAUGUUUGCAUGACUGGUGUAUACAUCUCUGCCUUUUUCUUUCAGCUUUAGACACUGGAGAAGAAUCAGUAGAGUAUUUAACCCAUUCGUUUAUAAUAUACGCCAGUCUGAAACAGAUGGAGAGUCGGAGGAAUGUCUCAGAAUUCAUUCUUUUGGGACUUUCGUAUGACCAUCGCACACAAAUAUUUUGCUUUGUGUUCUUGUUAUUCUGUUAUGCUGCUCUCUUGGUAGGAAACCUUCUGAUCCUUAUCUCUAUUCGAUGCAGCCCUCUUUUCCACCAACCAAUGUACUAUUUCCUCAGCCACUUAUCCUGUCUGGACAUCUGCUUCACCUGUAGCAUUACACCCAAAUUCAUUGCUGACCUCCUAGUGGGAAGAAAAGCCAUCUCCUAUGGUAACUGUAUGUUACAGGUCUUUACCAUGCACUUCUUCGGAAUGAUUGAAGUCUUCAUCCUCACCGUCAUGGCCUUUGAUCGCUAUGCUGCCAUCUGCAAACCUCUGCACUACCUGCUUGUCAUGAACAGAGCAAGGUGCAAUCUCCUCGUCUUAGCUGCUUGGGCUGGUGGGGCCGCGCACUCCUUUCCUCAAUUUUUUCUGGUAAUCAGGUUGCCCUUCUGUGGUCCUAAUGAGAUUGAUCACUAUUUUUGUGACAUUUUUCCUUUGCUAAAAGUUGCCUGUGCUGACACCUAUGUUACCGGUGUCCUUUUGGUUGCCAAUUCAGGAAUGGUUACCUUAGUGGCAUUUGUGGUCUUGUUUUUUUCUUAUGUCAUUAUAUUAUUCACUUUAAGAAAUCAUUCAGCCAAAGGAAGGCGCAAAGCCCUCUCUACCUGUGGGUCGCAUAUCACUGUGAUAGUUUUGUUUUUCGGGCCUUCAAUCUUUGCCUACCUUCGACCUCCAACCACGUUCCCUGAGGAUAAGGUAUUUGCUCUGUUUUACACCAUCAUCGCUCCGAUGUUCAAUCCCUUCAUCUACACUCUGAGGAACUCAGAGAUGAAAAACGCCAUGAGAAAUGUCUGGAAUCAAACAUUGGAGCUCAACAUCUUUUUUACAAAACAGAGGGGCAGCUAGAUACGGAUAGGGGAGAAAGGAAACCAUCUCACAGAGUAAUUUUUCCACUGGUAACAUUUUAUGAGUGACAGA